CGUUUUCCUAUGCCGUGUCCCACCUAUAUAGCGACUUUACAACUAAAUCAUCUCGUUCAUCUGCCCUGUGCCCCGCAAAACAAGCUGUCCAUUGUUUGUGACACAAGAGACAGGCACGACUCUCAUUGGAAGUCACCGCUAUCCUCAAGCGCGAGGCCGGAUGCAAGCACAACUUCCCCAUCGUGGUCAAUAAAGCGAAGUGAGUUGCAGCCGAUGAAUGUAGCAGAUGCCGCUGUUUAUCAACGAGAUGGCAAGUAUAGGCUCAGGGCUUCGCACGUAGUUUUUGCUUAAGCGCAUAUGCACUACUGGCGCGUAAUGAUUGGGCGGACAUAUGCAGAUGCUUUUGUGUGACCAUACUUCGCUUGUCAUGUUGCAGUUCAGCUCUGGCAACUAAUAGUGUGCACAGAUAAUCGUACUUUGGUACACCUAGGCCAAGUAUCUGAGGGGAAACAUUGCGAGAAACGGAUCUACUGUGGCAUCUUGUAAUUUUAUUAAUGGAACAACAAGGUUAUUGUUUCUUAUGUUUUUUCCUUUUGGUUUUCUGUCAC